AUGUCGGGAACAUCGACCAGGAACUUUGGAGCUAAGAAUUUCGAGCUCGAAGCUUGUCCUGGAAUUUUCAUUCUCGCAGAGCGAAGCAGUGCGUACGUUUGCGCCUUCUGUCGCCACCCCGCCCUGGCGCAACAACGUGACCUGGGUCGACGAAACUAUUCCGACACAUCGGAAACACCCUCGAAAGGCCCCAACUUCUCUGGAGGUUGGGGCAGCAGCAGCGGUGCGAGCGCGACAGGUUCAUCUGCCAUUCCUCGACCCGUCGGUCCUGUAGUCACCUCAGGGUGGGGGAAGCCAGCUUUUGGAGGCGUGCCGCCAAUACGACCAAGCAGCCCGGCUGCGUCGAGCCCCGAUGGCCAGCAAGUGAAUUCCACUGCGAAUAGGGUCCCGGUCGACGAUGGACUUCUUCCCCACGAACGUGCUGCACGAAGGCGACUGGCGAAGCCGGCACCGCCCCCGCCCCCGCCCCCAACCGAAGCCCCAAAGACGAGGAAGAUAUUCACGCAAGGGCUUGAUAGUAGCAUAGGACAGUCACAGCGCCCCAUUCGCGGUAGCUUUUCUGCACCGAGAAGGGGUGGUCUCGAAGAAAAGUCUCGGACGGAGAAUCGACCAGUAGACCAACCAGACAGGACGAAGGCAGGCGAACCCGGGAAGAACGAUUGGCGACACAGAGGAUUUGACCGCACUCCAUUACCUGGCAGUGAGAAAAAACUUCAGAGCAAGCCGGUGCCGCACCACCGUCACUCCGUCAAAGACGGCCUCGGAAAGCCAUUUGCACCAAAAGUGGAAGCGUCCAAGACCAUCGACGCCGGGAAAUCAGACACAGAACAGCCGGCUCAAUGGGGCUUGCUGGCCAGGAGAGCCAAUGCUCUCCCGCCUGUGGAGGAGCCCUUGCCGGUGCGUAAGGAAGCCAUCAAGUCUUCACAAGACGCCCUUCCAGCUAUCAAAGACGACUUCUUUUCCAAAGUCCAACAGCACGUGCAUAGCAGGCAAAGCAACACUCCCGACGCCUUCCCCGAUGCUUUCCCCGAUCCUCGAUCAGCUUUCAGCGAGGUAGUGAAGAGCGAGGUAGUGAAGAGCGAGGUAGUGGAGAGCGAGGUAGUGGAGAGCGAGGUAGUGGAGAGCGAGGUCGUGGAGAGCGAGGUAGUGGAGGUCGAAGUGACGGAAUCACGCCAAGGAAAAAAUAUCGAUGAAUCCUAUGAGAUCGACCGCAACGCGAGAAAGCGUGACAAGGGUGGUCGUCGCGGGGAGGACUGGGGCUCAGCUCGUGGGUCGAAAAAGUCAGCUUCACAAAAGAGAUGGGAGGAUCAGAACCAGGAGUGGGGUGCCAAGGAUGCUCAACGAGCUGCUGCACGCCGCCAGCAAAAGGCCGAGGAGAAAGCGCGCAGGAGGGCGGAGGCAGAGGCUGCAGCACCUCAGUCCAUCUUGUUGCCCGAGUUCAUCAGCAUUGCAAACUUGAGUGUGGCACUAAAGAUGAAGCCCCAUGACUUUCUCGGAGCUUUGGUUGAGAUGGGUUUUGAGGACAUCACCGAGGAAAGCAUCAUGACUGGAGAAACAGCUUCCCUCGUUGCCAUGGAGUUCGGUUUUGAGGCAGCGGUUGAUUCUGGUGGCCAACGAGACUUGAAGCCCCGUCCGCCGCCAGAGGACAUGUCAAUCCUACCGCCGCGUCCUCCUGUUGUAACCAUCAUGGGCCACGUCGACCACGGCAAGACGACUCUGCUGGACUUUUUGAGAAAGUCAUCCGUUGCGGCUCAGGAGCAUGGUGGCAUCACCCAGCACAUUGGUGCUUUCAUGGUCAAAAUGUCGUCCGGAAAACUCAUUACCUUCCUUGACACCCCCGGCCACGCUGCCUUCUUAACUAUGCGACAGCGCGGUGCAAACGUCACUGACAUUGUCGUGCUGGUCGUUGCGGCCGAUGACAGCGUCAUGCCCCAAACCUUGGAGGCCUUGAAGCAUGCCAGAGCAGCAAAGGUACCAAUCAUCGUGGCCAUCAACAAAGUCGAUAAGGAAGAUGCUCGGCCCGAUCAGGUCAAGGCAGAUCUUGCUCGUCAUGGCGUUGAAAUAGAGGAUUUCGGCGGCGAUGUCCAAGUUGUCUGCGUGAGUGGAAAGACAGGCCAAGGCAUGGACGAACUGGAAGAGAACAUUGGUGCACUCGCAGAAGUCCAGGAUAUGCGAGCUGAAACCGACGGCAUGGCGGAGGCUUGGGUACUGGAGGCUAGUGUCAAGCCUUACGGCAAGUCUGCAAACAUCCUCGUAAAGCGCGGAACGUUGCGGCCUGGCGACCAUAUUGUAGCAGGUACAACUUGGGCCAGAAUCCGAAUGCUGCGAAACGAAGCAGGUCAGGAGCUUGAUGAGGCACCCCCGGGUACGCCAGUCGAAAUCCUUGGAUGGAGAGAGCAACUGCCCGCUGCUGGAGACGCAGUCCUCCAAGCCCCUGACGAGGACCGUGCAAGAACUGCUGUCGACUAUCGUGAGGAAAUGCGCGAGCGAGAGGCGUCCUCCAAGCAAUUGGCUGAGCAAGAGCAACGCGAGCGCGAGGUUAAGGCAGCGGCAGAAGCUGCAGCUGCAGCCGAGGCUGGCGAAGAGGUCAGCGAAGAGGCAACCGCCAAGAUCGUCAACUUCGGCGUCAGAGGAGACGUGGUGGGCUCUGUAGAAGCCGUUUGCGCCACAAUCAGCGAGAUUGGAAACAAUGAGGUCAGGUCCCGCAUUCUUUGGUCGGCAGCCGGCCAGGUUUCCGAAUCAGACGUUGAGCAUGCUGCGGCAUCCAAGAGCGUCAUUGUCAACUUCAACAGUACGGUUGCUGGUCAUAUCAAGCGCAUGGCGGAGGAGAAGGGAGUCAGGCUCAUUGACCACUCGGUCAUCUACCACCUAGCCGACGAGGUCAAGCAGGUCAUGUCGCAGAACUUGGCGCCAAAGAUCACGCAGAAGGUGACGGGCGAAGCCGAGAUUCUGCAAGUGUUCUCUAUCAACCUCAAGGGACGCUCGUACAAGAACAUUGCCGGUUGCAAGGUCAGAAACGGAUUGGUUACUCGGUCAAAUAAUGUGCGCGUCUUCCGAAAGGGAGAGAAGAUCUACGAUGGCAAGAUCGAGACCCUUAAGCACGGAAAGAGGGACGUGAGCGAGAUCAGAAAGGGUUCCGAGUGUGGUAUCUCCUUCGAUGGUUUCGCUGACUUCCAGGCCGAAGACCAGAUCCAGGUCUACGAGGAGGUGAUAGAGAAGAGGUCCUUGUAA